CUCAAACGCCUUUCUUUUCUAAACUCUUCAAACGCAACUCACAUUAUUUAAACGCUUCAAACGCAACUCACUUUCAUCGCUUAGAGAGAAAGAAGAACAAACAAAACAAUCAUUGGAAGAAGCAAAAGAAAAAAAAAAGAUUGAAAUGGAGAAGAAGCUACCGAGAAGAUUGGAAGGCAAAGUCGCGAUUGUGACGGCUUCGACGCAAGGGAUUGGUUUCGGAAUCACUGAGCGUUUCGGUCUCGAAGGCGCUUCCGUCGUCGUCUCUUCCCGCAAACAGGCAAAUGUUGAUGAGGCAGUAGCAAAACUCAAAUCCAAAGGGAUUGAUGCAUAUGGAAUCGUCUGUCAUGUUUCCAAUGCUCAACAUCGCCGCAAUCUUGUCGAAAAGACGGUUCAGAAAUAUGGGAAGAUAGAUAUCGUUGUCUGUAACGCUGCUGCCAAUCCAUCUACAGACCCAAUCUUGUCUAGCAAAGAAGCUGUUCUUGACAAGCUUUGGGAAAUCAAUGUCAAAUCCUCUAUACUUCUCCUGCAGGAUAUGGCUCCUCACCUUGAGAAGGGUUCUUCUGUUAUCUUCAUAACUUCUAUUGCUGGAUUUUCACCACAAGGAGCUAUGGCUAUGUAUGGUGUCACUAAAACUGCUCUUCUCGGACUAACUAAGGCGCUUGCUGCUGAGAUGGCCCCCGAUACACGUGUGAACGCAGUUGCACCCGGUUUUGUGCCCACACACUUUGCUUCUUUCAUCACCGGUAGCUCUGAAGUGAGGGAAGGUAUUGAAGAGAAGACUCUGCUUAACAGGUUGGGAACAACGGGAGACAUGGCUGCUGCGGCUGCUUUCUUAGCAUCAGAUGAUUCUUCUUACAUCACUGGAGAAACUUUGGUUGUCGCUGGAGGAAUGCCUUCAAGACUCUAAACAAUUUCACAUCAAUAAUAGCGUAAAGAAUGCAAUCAGGGUAUCAAGUAAGUAGAGAUGUUUUUUUUAGAGUUUUCAACUAAACAAGACUUUAAGAAACGAAAGAUGUUCCAAUAAUAUCACGAGGCCAUUGGAUACUUGUUGGUCUUGUAAAAGAUAAUUUCUUCAUCAGAAAGACUCGUUUGGGUUUAAUUCAGUGGUAGAACAAUAAAGUUUGGGUUUCGCAUGUAUGUGUAUAUGUAACAACUAGGGUUUUAUUGUUUGUGUAGGUUUACUUCUGUGUUUAUGUUUUUUGUGUUUACUACUUUUUUCCUCCUAAGCCGCUGACUAGCUUUCGACAAAGUCACGCAAGAGUUGAAAUGCAUCUAUCAAGUGAGCAUUGAUCUUGCCACAUAAAAGAUACAUUAGUUACUUGUUUAGCAAGAAAGAGAGAUACACUAAUAG